UAAUAAGCCAUAUAUAUAAUCGGUAAAUUUUCUAUGAAAAAUAGUUGAAAGAUGAAUUUAUUAUUGGUAUUUCUGCUGGUAUUUGCUGUACGAUUGGCUUCAGUGUUUGUGGUGAAAACGUUUUAUGUGCCCGACGAAUACUGGCAGAGUUUAGAAGUGGCCCAUAAAUUAACCUUUGGUUAUGGUUACUUAACAUGGGAAUGGGUCCAAGGCAUACGCAGUUAUGUGUAUCCUCUUAUUAUAGCUGGUGUUUAUAAACUGUUGGAAAUAUUCAGUUUGGAUUCAGCCCAGUUGUUGGUCUUGUUACCGCGAAUUUUACAAGCUACCUUAUCUGCUUACUCAGAUUAUCGCUUCUUUGUGUGGUGCGGUAAAAAGAAAUGGGCACUAUUCUUAGUAAUAGUAUCCUGGUUUUGGUUCUAUACCGGUUCGCGCACUUUGUCCAACACUUUGGAGACAUCAUUAACAACAAUUGCCCUAAGUUAUUUUCCUUGGUAUGGUGAAGGUAUUGCAUAUUUAUGGCCCGCCGCAUUAUGUUGUUUCUUAAGACCAACAGCCGCCUUAAUAUGGUUACCAUUAGUUGUUUACCAUUUGCGUAAAUCGAAAUUCUCGUGGCCUGAAUUAAUUUUCAAACGUUUUUUAAUAAUCGGUCUAAUUGUUGCUGCUCUUUGUAUUGGAAUUGAUUCGUGGAUGCAUGGACAACUUUUGAUAACACCUUACGAAUUUUUGAAAUACAACAUUUUCCAUAAUAUUGGCAGUUUCUAUGGUUCCCAUCCUUGGUACUGGUAUUUUACUGUUGGUUUACCCACUGUUUUGGGUAUAAAUUUUCUGCCAUUCAUUUUUGGAAUCAUGGAAACUGUACGACAUAGUGAGGUAUAUCCAGUACGCAAGAAUUUACUCAUAACGAUUUUGCUGUCACUUUGUGCAUUGAGUGCAAUUGAACAUAAAGAAUUUAGGUUUGUAAGUGUUUUACUGCCGUUGUGUUUGUACAUUACGGCUGAUACCUUGACAAGAUGGAGUUACAAAGCUUCAAGGAUUUCACUGUGGUUUAUAGCUGGCGUUAUUUUAUUUGGUAAUGCCUUGCCGGCUUGGUAUUUAAGCACAGUCCACCAGAAAGGUCCAUUGGAGGUAAUGGAUAAACUUCAAGACAUAGCCAAGGAAUAUCGUGAUGAACAAAAGCAUCCAGCUAGUAUAAUAUUUUUAAUGCCUUGCCAUUCUACCCCCUAUUAUAGUCAUAUUCAUCAAAAUGUAACAAUGCGCUUCCUUACAUGUGAGCCUAAUCUAAAACAACAAAGCAAUUACAAGGACGAGGCCGAUCAAUUCUAUGAAUCUCCCGUCCACUGGUUGCGUUCGCACAUCCCUUCAUAUCCACGCACAGCGAAGCCCUCGCAUGUAGUGUUGUAUGAACCAUUAGCUCAAAAAAUCAAUGAAUUCCUUGUGGACUAUAAACUGUUGCAUAGGAUAGCAAACGCGGAGGUAAACAAUAAUGUUGAUCCCCAAUUAAUCCUUAAUGAAUGGUCCACCCUCAUUAAGGAGAAACAGUUAAAUGUUGACUCUCUUUUACAGCAUGUACAAUCAAGAACUGGUAAAAAUAUUCUAGUCUAUCAACGUUUACGUAGCGGAGAAGAAAACACAUUUAAUCGUGAUGAAUUUCAAAGUCUAGAUGAAAAACUCAAUCUACCAAAAUUAGCUGAAUCGACUGAAGACUUCCUUUAUGGUCAAGAUGAAUUUACCACCGAAACCAAUAUUUUCAAUUAGAUUUAGGUCCUCUCUAAAUACCUCAACAGUGCUUUGUUUCAAACAUCAAAAAGGCUAAUUAUCCACCUGGUACAAACAAAUCAAAAUAAUUAUAUAUUAAUUUGUGUAGGCUAUUAUUUUUAUAGUUUACUGUUAAUUUUAAAUGUGUGCGUUUUAAUUUUGUGUUAAUUUAUUUUUAAAGAUAAACUUUUCUUUAAAAAUCCUCUGUUUUAACUUUCAAUACUCUUAAAUUUGUAAAACAAAACUACAAAAGAACCAAGUGCAAACAUAAUUUAUAAAAUUUAAAAAAAAAUUUCAAUUUUAGAAUAAAAAUCAAAUAAGUUUGUAAAAAUUA